AUGGGAGAUUUAAUAAGAUCACAACCUGUCUCUUAUGGACAAUUAAUUGUUCCUGUAAAUGUUGCAGAAGAAACAAUUGAACUUAUUGGAGAAUUAGGAAUAGUUCAAUUUGUUGAUUUAAAUGAAAAAGAAUUAACAUUUAAUAGAAGAUAUUGUAAUGAACUUAAACGAUGUGAUGAACUUGAAAGAAAAAUAAGAUAUUUUAAUGAAAUGAUAACAAAAGAAGAAGAGCGUAAAGAUAUGAAAGGAUUAAAAUUUAGAAGAAAUAGAGAAAUUGAAAGUUUUGAAAAAGAAUCAACUGAAAAUCUUGAAUUAAAAUUAGAUGGUAUAGAAAAAGAUUUAAAACAAAUAAUUAGUGAUUGUACUGCAACAGAAAAUGAUUUAGAAAAGAUUGAAGAAGGAUUAUUAGUUUCAUCAAAUAUAGAUUUAUUAUUUGAAAAUAUAGAUGAUGUUGUUGUUGGAGGAUUAAAAUUUGUUAUUGGAGUUAUUGAAAAAAGUAAAUAUGAUUCUGUUCAACGAUUAAUUUGGAGAGUUUCUAGAGGACUUGUAUUAAUUAAAUCAAUGGAUCUUACUGAAGGAUCAUCAUUAAGAAAUUUUAUAGUUGUUUAUCAAGGAGAUGAUCUUGGACUUAAAAUUAAUAAAAUUUGUCAAACAUCAGGAGUUAGAAUUUAUACUAAUAUUCCAAUUGAUCUACAAGAAAGAAGAGAAUUUGUUGAUGAAGCAUUAAAUAAUAAACAACAAUUAACAGGAAUUUUUGAAGGAAGUACUAAAGAAAAAAGAGAAUUAUUAAAAACUAUUGCAUUACAAAUUAAAGGAUGGAAAGAUAUUAUUGAUAGAGAAAGAAAGAUUUUCUUUACAUUAAAUAUGUUUAAAAUUGAUAGAGGAACAACAUUAAGAGGAGAAUGUUGGUUUCCAUCAGAAUAUUUAGAUAUUAUUGUUACUAAAUUAAGUGAACUUGAUCAAAAUUCAAUGUCACCUAUUUUUUCACCAAUUCAAAUACCUCCAAAAGCAAUAAUUCCUACAUAUAAUAAAACUAAUUCAUUUACACAAACAUUUCAAGAUCUUACUGAUUCAUAUGGUACACCAAGAUAUGGAGAAAUUAAUACAGCAUGGUUAAAUAUUAUUACAUUUCCAUUUUUAUUUGGAAUAAUGUUUUCUGAUGCAGGACAUGGUAUUUUUAUAUUUGGUCUUGGACUUAUUUUUAUAAUUUUUCAAAAAAAAUUAAAAAAAAUAACAUUAGAUGAAAUUACAUUAAUGUUAUUUGAUGCUAGAUGGUUAUUACUUGGAAUGGGACUUAUGGCAAUAUAUUGUGGUAUUGUAUUUAAUGAAUUUUUUGGAUUUUCAAUAGAUAUUUUUGGAACGUCAUGGGAUAAAAUAGAAGGUGAUGUAUAUGUUAGAAGUAAUGAACAAUAUGUUUAUUAUUUUGGAAUAGAUCCUAUUUGGAAAUCAUCAAAUAAUGAAUUAUAUUAUACUAAUUCAUUAAAAAUGAAAUUAUCUAUUCUUAUUGGUGUAUUUCAUAUGACAUUUGGUGUUAUAUUAUCAUUUUUUAAUCAUUUACAUGAAAAAAAAUGGUUAAAUAUAUUCUUUAAUUGGAUUCCAGAAAUGAUGUUCAUGAUUUGUUCAUUUGGAUAUUUAUGUUUCCUUAUAAUUUUAAAAUGGUGUAAUCCAGAUAAAGAUCCUGCUCCAAUGUUAACUAAUGUAUUUCUUGAAAUGUUCCAAAAUUUUGGAAGAGUUACUGAUGAAAAUUAUAUAUUUACAGGACAAAAAAUAGUUGAACCUUUAUUACUUAUUCUUAUCAUUAUUUCAUUAUUACUUAUGUUUAUUCCAAAACCAAUCUUUUUAUAUAUUAAAUUAAGAAAACAACAAAAAGCACAUCCAGAAAGUAGACCAUUAUUAGAACAAAUAGAUAAUAAUGAUGAUGAAUUAACUGAUUUUAAUGAUAAUCAAUAUUCAUUAGAUAAUAAUAUUUUAUUAAAUAAUAAUGAAAAUAAUAUUAAAAAAGAUGAAGAAGAAGAUAAUGAAGAAGGAAAUUCAUUAAUGGAAAUUAUUAUUUUUAAUACUAUUCAUGCUAUUGAAUAUGUCCUUGGAUGUAUUUCUAAUACAGCAUCAUAUCUUAGAUUAUGGGCUUUAUCAUUAGCACAUGCUCAAUUAGGUUCAGUCUUUUUGGAAAAUGUUUUUUAUUUAUUAAUGAAAAUGAAUACUUUUAUUACAAUUUUUGUUGGAUUUGCUAUUUGGGCUAUGAUUACAUUAGCAAUUCUUAUUGGUAUGGAAUCAUUAUCUUCAUUCUUACAUACAUUAAGACUUCAUUGGAUUGAAUUCCAAAAUAAAUUUUAUAUUGGAGAUGGUAUUCCUUUCAUUCCUUUACAUUUACCAAAACAAUCUUUACCAUCAAAUAAUUAA